AUGCAUAAUCAUCAUUUAUUCAUCUAUCUUAUUCUUAUUUUAUUAAGUAUAUAUCUCACACCAUCUUCACAAUGUGAUGAACAUUCUAAUCAAGAUGAGAUUCCAUUUAAUACUAAAGUUCAACAAUCACCAUACAUUCUUAUUGGAACUUCAUUAAAUAAGAAUAUCGAUUAUAAUAUUCCAAAUUUAUUCAAUGUUACAUUUCUUGUUCAAUGUAUUUUAAAAGGUCGACCAACUCAACGUAUUAUUCAAAUUGUUCAAGCAGGUUCACUUCUUGGACGUCAUUCAUGUCAAAGACUUGAUGUCAAUCAAGAAUAUAUUGUUUUUCUUGAACCAUUUUUUGAUGGAACAUAUCGACCAAUUGAUCUAGAAGAAAUUCUAUAUGAUAAUCGAGUACCUGCGUUACUCGCAAAAACAUGUGGUCUUUCACGAACUUAUCCUUUUACGGAAGCAAAUGAUACUGAAGCUACAUUAACUAAUAAAUGUCCAUCAGCUGUUUCAAUUGAUUGUCCAUUAGAAAUACCAAAAACAAUAGUUGAAACAUCAACAAUAAGUACAAUCUUAUCAACGACCACUGCAACAACAACAACAAUGAGUUCUGUGAUAUUUGCAAGAAGUACAAUAGAUUUCGAUGCAUUAUCACUUCUUCUAGCGCAACAUCAACACCAGAAUCUCAGUCUUGCUUUUCUACAAGGUCAAAAUCAUAAAGCACUUUUUUCUGAUGAUGAAACACGAAAAAAUCAAGCAAAUCAAAUUCCAUUAAUUAUUACUCUUAUUUUUAUUCAAUUUAUUUUCUGUAGUAUUAUUCUUCAUCAUUUUUUGUAA